AAAAGUGAAACAGCCGGGAUGUUGUUACUUCACGUUAGCAAGCCAGGCAGGUCGGCCGACUUUUACGACGUGGCAUUUGUAUUAUAUUUCCAACGAACCAUUUUUCUUUUUUUGGAUGAUCGCCAUUCCUGUCGUCAAGCGGGGCUGCGCUUGCGCGCGCCUCUCAUUGAGGAUGAGGCGCGCAGGGCGCCUUUGGCUCGUGAGCGCGCGGCACUGAUGCAGUGUGGCGACGUAAGCGACGCGAUCGGGACGGAGCGGAGAGGAGGGGCUGCUCAGCACAAAGGGUCCCGGAACACAGAUAAGUUGUUUGGGAAGAAACUGCUGCAAGCUGGACGUAACAUCAUGUCUCACAAAUCCUGGAUGAAGACCGUACCCACGGAGAACUGUGACGUGCUGAUGACCUUUGCAGAUACGACAGAUGACCACACGCUGCUAUGGCUGCUGAACCACAUACGGCUGGGAAUUCCAGAGCUCAUCAUCCAGAUCCGGCACCACAAACACACACGUGUCUAUGCUUUCUUUGUCACGGCCACUUAUGAAAAUUUGCUGCGGGGUGCAGAGGAGGUGGGACUGUGUAAGCCAGUGAAGCCAGAAUUCGGCGGAGGAACUCGUCGGUUCUCCUGUGAAGAGGAUUAUAUCUACGAGAACAUAGAAAGUGAAAUAUGCUUUUUCACCUCACAGGAGCGGCAGAGCAUCAUCAAGUACUGGCUGGAAAAUCUGAGGGCCAAACAUGGGGAGUCGCUUCACAACAUCCAUUUCCUGGAGGGACAGCCAAUCAUUUCAGAGUUGACCACCAGGGGCGUCAUUCAACAGGUCUUCCCUCUUCACGAACAGCGAAUCCUCAGUCAGCUCAUGAAGUCGUGGGUGCAGGCUGUCUGUGAGAAGCAACCUCUAGAUGACAUUUGUGACUAUUUUGGGGUGAAGAUUGCCAUGUACUUUGCCUGGUUAGGAUUCUACACUACGUCUAUGCUGUACCCUGCAGUCAUCGGGUUCGUCCUAUGGAUGUUGACCGAGUCUGACCAGACAAGUCGGGAUAUCUGCUGUGUGGUCUUUGCACUCUUCAAUGUAGUCUGGGCCACUCUGUUCCUGGAGCGAUGGAAGCGCAGAGGGGCCGAACUCGCCUAUAAAUGGGGGACGCUGGACACCCCUGCUGAGCUUUUGGAAGAGCCUCGUCCUCAGUAUCGGGGAGUGAAGAGGUUAAGCCCGGUGACUGGCUGUGAAGAAUUUUAUUACCCCCCCUGGAAGCGGAUGCUAUUCCAGUAUCUCGUCAGCCUCCCUGUCUGUCUGUUCUGCGUGACCUUUGUCUUCCUUGCCAUGCUCAUCUGUUUUGAGCUACAGGAGUUUGUAAUGGGGAUUAAAGAGCUGCCGCGCAUUGCCCGGUUUAUUCCCAAAAUCAUGUUGGCUAUCACUGUGACUGCCUGCGAUGAGAUCUACAAGAAGAUUGCCUACUGGCUCAAUGACAUGGAGAACUACAGACUCCAGAGUGCCUAUGAGAAAAACCUCAUCAUUAAAAUGGUUCUGUUUCAGUUUGUAAAUUCUUAUCUUAGCCUUUUUUACAUUGGUUUCUACCUCAAAGAUAUGGAGCGACUAAAAGAGAUGCUGGCCACUCUGCUGAUAAUCCGUCAGUUUCUUCAGAACGUCAAGGAGGUGCUCCAGCCGUACUUGUACGAGAGACACAAGCUGGGGGAACUCACUGUGAAGGUGGUCUGGGAGCUCCUAGUCUCCUAUGUGCUUAAAUGUGGCCGUUCGGCUCUAGGAAAGGCCCAGGCUUCGUCUGCAGAGCAGGCUCACCAGGGUCAAGGCAGCAGGGACCCGAAUGCAGAAAGUGACAAAAGGGAGAAGAAGUGUCUGAAUGGAGGCUGUGGAGUUCCGGAAGAAGAGGAAGAGGAGGAGAGGCAAAGUGAAGAAGAAAACGAAGAAGAGAGCCUCAUUGACUGCGGCUUGAAACUUCGUAAAGUGAGCUUCAUCGAGAAGGUGGAACGAAAGGCAGGGUCCAUCAUAAGCCAGGUGAACGACAGUUUUCUGGAGGAAGGUAGCCCUACGAUGGUUGAGAAAGGAAUGGACCCAGCUGCAGUGUUUGAGAUGUGCGACGAUGAUGAGAACGAGUGUCUCAAUAGCAAGGAAGCCCCUAGCGAGAUACUGAGGGCUUCCCUACCGGCGGACGUCGAGUCCACCAUGAUACUCCGACAGCAGAAGACCAGGCACACCUCUCAUAAGGAAGAAACCAAAGCCAAGAGGGACUCCUGGAUGGAUCCUCCAGAGGAAAAGUUCUCAAGUCACCUCACCCAAGCUGAGGUUGAAAGCUGCAUGAAGAAAUACGAGGAUACAUUCCAAGAUUAUCAGGAGAUGUUCAUCCAGUUCGGCUACGUCGUCCUCUUUUCAUCUGCCUUCCCUCUAGCCGCUAUGUGUGCGCUGAUCAACAACAUCAUUGAAAUUCGCAGCGAUGCUUUUAAACUCUGCACUGGCCUACAGAGGCCGUUUGGCCAGAGGGUUGAGAGCAUUGGUCAAUGGCAGAAUGUAAUGGAGGUUAUGGGUGUGAUCGCAAUAAUUGUAAACUGCUACUUGAUUGGCCAGUGCGGACAGCUUCAACGCUUGUUUCCAUGGCUGAGUCCAGAAAUGGCAAUUAUUUCCAUUGUCAUCCUAGAGCACUUUGCACUUCUUCUCAAAUACGUCAUCCACAUCGCAAUUCCAGACAUCCCAGCCUGGGUGGCCGAUGAAAUGGCGAAGCUCGAGUACCAGCGCCGAGAGGCUUUCAAGAAACAUGAGCGACAGGCUCAACAACACUACCAGCAACAGCAAAGGAGGAAAAGGGAGGAAGAAGAACGUCAGAGACAGGCAGAAUACCAGGCGAGACGGGACAGAGAGAAAGACGAAGGGAAGUCGGACUCUUCCGGACAUGGAGACCAUCACCACCAUGACAAGAGCCAUGGUGGAAAAUCCAGAUCUGGAGGCAGCACAGGAAGUGCAUCCCAGGUCUCGGAUAAACCAAAAAGACCCAGUUCUCUACUGGCCACAAACAAUGUGAUGAAACUCAAACAGAUUAUCCCUCUGCAGAACAAGUUCAACUCCGGGACAGCACGUUCUCCGCAGUCGCCCACAGGAAGCGAACCCAAGUUGCCCGGAUUCCUCAGCUUUAAGUUCCUUAAAUCGCCAGAAACAAAGAAGGAAGGCACGACAGCUUCGAGCCAGGAGAAGGUUCAAUCUCCAACCAAACCCUUCAAUCCAGGGAAACUUUUCAACUUCAGCAAGUCCGAAGGGAAUUCAGCACUCUGUGCCAAUGGAGCCCAGGCCAGACCGACUGAUGGAUUUCCAGAAAAACUGCCAAGUAAAUCAGAUCUUAACGGGGCUCCUGAGGAAAUGCCCUCUACGGAUUCAGAACCUGCCAAUGACACAGAAUCCGAAUCAACAGGCCCUAAAAAUCACGUCUGAAACAGAUUUUAAUGAGACAAAAAACUGCGGUAAAAAAAACAAGGUAAUAAGAUCAGAGCUAAUACUGGAUUUCCCCUUUCUUACUAAAAAAAAAUAAUAAAUCAGCUCUCAUCAUCAGGUGGGCUGCUUGGUUAAGGGUCCGAGUGUGACUCGGAGAAAGAGAAGUGACCAGCAGUAAAAUGGGAAAGACCAUUGGGUAGGCAGAGAUACUAAAGGCUCCCUCUCUUCCUCUGAAAAUAUUUAUAAGAAUGCAUGAGCUGUAAUUCUUAUUCAAUUUUAAAGCCUUUACAAAACAAAAGAAAAUUAGAUUGUAUUAUUCUGUAGAUGACAAGGUGCUAGAAAAGCUGUUUGAUAGAAAUUCUGAUCCGACUGAAAAUGUUGAUGGCAUAUCAAACACACACACACGAUUGCCAAGUAAGAUUUCUUAUCAAAGAAAAUACAAAAUUUGUUAACGUUUUAAAUUUGUAAUUUCCACUAAAAAAAAAAAAGCUCAUGUGCAACAAGGUUUGUACAAAUUCAGAUUAGCAGAUUUUUAACUUUUUAAUAUGCAGGAUUCUAUAUUUCUUUGAAUACCCACCUUCUUUUGCCAGCACGUUUUAUCGUUCCGAAAAUGUAAAUAUAUACAAAUAUAUACAGUUAUCACUUUUUUUUGACUGAAACCAAAAGAUGUCUGGUCCUCUACUACUAGAAAUUUUAAAUUUAGUCUGGCUGUCCAAGGUAAUAACCGGUUGAGAACAACGAUGAAUGUUAAGGACGUCAACCCAGUUGUCCCUGCUUACUUCAAACGAAAAAGAAAACUGUGCUCAAUGGCGCGAUUACAGAGAGAAACGUCACCCUCUGGUGUUCCAACUGGAAAGUGCUUCUUGUUACCGCAGAAAGGAACUCCGUCCCUCCAGCUCUCUUGUUAACAAGUGACGCCUCCUUCCGGGCGGCUGGGCUUUUUUGCUCCUUGGUGGGACAGAAGGGGUGGAGUCAGUUACCCUGACUGGGUGGUUCUUAGCUACUGUGGAAGCAAAUGAAGACGACACAAUUAGUAGCAACACCCUUCUUGACCCGCAGUGGCAUUACAGACCUGGAAGGGGACUCUCUGACGUGCAUGCAUGACGGUAGUUAUAGACGAACAGAACAUAGAAAUUCCAAACCAUUCGUGUCCGUUUGCUAUUUAGUCCAAAAAUUGCAUACUGUGGUUACGGUUAUUGUGCAACAUCGAUGCACGUUUGAGGUUACGGUAAUUGUGAAAUGUUUUAUACAUCACAAAUUCUAUUAAAGUUGUCAGAAUAUCCAUCCAUCCAUUAUCCACUGCUUAUACGAGGUCGGGUCGAGGGGGCAGCAGCCUAAACAGGGAAGCCCAGACCUCCCUCCGUUUCCCUGGUCACCUCCUCCAGCUCCUCUGGAAGGACCCCGAGGCGUUCCCAGGCCAGCCGGGAGAUAUAAUCCUUCCAUCGUGUCCUGGGUCUGCCCCAUGGCCUUCUCCCAGUGGAACAUGCCCCGAAAAUUCCCCCAGGGAGGCAUCCAGGGGGCAUCCUGGCCAGAUGCCCGAACCACCUCAACUGACUCCUCUCAAUGCGGAGGAGCAGUGACUCUACUCCGAGUCUCUCCCGGAUAACUGAACUCCUCACCCUAUCUCUAAGGGAAAGUCCAGCCACCCUGCGGAGAAAACUCAUUUCGGCCGCUUGUAUCCGUGAUCUUCCUCUUUCGGUCACUACCCAAAGCUCGUGGCCAUAGGUGAGGGUAGGAAUGUAAAUCGACUGGUAAAUCGACAGCCUCACCUUUUGCCUCAGCUCUCUCUUCACCACUACGGACCGUUGCAGAGCCCACAUUACUGCGGAUGCCGCACCGAUCCAUCUGUCAACAUCCCGCUCCAUUCUUCCCUCACUCGUGAACAAGACCCCGAGAUACCUGAACUCCUCCACUUGAGGCAGUACUGUGCUUCCAACCUGGAGAGAGCAUUCCACCCUUUUCCAGCUGAGAACCAUGGCCUCGGAUUUAGAGGUGCUGACUCUCAUCCCCGCCACUUCACACUCGGCUGCGAACCACUCCAGUGAGAGCUGGAGGUCACUGUCCGUUGAAGCCAACAGAACCACAUCAUCCGCAAAUAGCAAAGACGAGAUUCUGAGGUCACCGAAUCAGACCCCCUCCACUCCUUGGCUGUGCCUAGAAAUUCUGUCCAUAUAACUUAUGAACAGAAUCGGUGACAAAGGGCAGCCCUGGUGGAGUCCAACCUCAACAUGAAACAAGACCGACUUAUUAACGGCAAUGUGGGCCAAGCUCCUGCUCCUCCUGUACACGGACUGAAUAGGUCAUAACAACGAGCCUUGUACCCCGUACUCUUGGAGCACACCCCAGAGGAUGCUUUGAGGGACACGGUCGAAUGCCUUCUCCAAAUCCACAAAACACAUGUGGACUGGUUGGGCAAACUCCCAUGCCCCCUCCAGGAUCCUGGCCAGGGUGUAGAGCUGGUCCAGUGUUCCACAGCCGGGAUGGAAUCCGCAUUGCUCCUCUUGAAUCCGAGAUUCAACCAUCGACCAAACUCUCUUCUUCAGCACCACUGAAUAGACCUUACCGGGGAGGCUGAGGAGUGUGAUCCCCCAAUAGUUGGAGCACAUCCUCCGGUCACCCUUCUUAAAAAGGGGGACCACCACCCUGGUUUGCCAAUCCAGAGGCACUGCCCCUGAUGUCCUUCCUCUGGAUUUUGUGGGGCUGUCCUGAUUAACAAGUUGUCAGAAUAUUGCACCCCAAAUGUAAGUAUAUGAAAAAGUAGUCACUGCACGUACAGAAGUUCUACUUAUACUGCUAGGAAAAUUAGCAGAGAUAUCUUUAGAACUGACUGGACACAAAGAAGUAAGUAAGGGCGAAACCAGGACUUCAGAAAAAUAAUAACUGAAAUAUAAACUUGAGGCAAAAACUAUUAUCAGAACUACGAGCAAAGAUCAAAACCAGAAUACUAAGACACGUUUUAUUUAUUUUUUGAGAGAUCAAAACUCAAGUAAAAAAACUGUUUUGGAAUCCGUCAACUCGGACAAGGAACUAACCUUUCGAAGCGACUUUUUAAUUGUUCAGCGGUCCUAAUAUCCAAAAGUACACCUCUGGAAACACCAGGGGGACCCCAAGUUACAGAAAAACAAGAUUAACGGCAGCCAUAACUAAACAAAAUGUAGGAGAAAACGGUACAAAUAAAUGAACACAGUAGAAAAUAUUCUUACGUGAAUAAACAAAUGAAAGAAAUGUAAUCUACAGGCUCAAAAGAACAAAACAUUUUGAGUGUCCAACCUCUAAAAACGAUCAAGGGGAAGGCAGAAUUAGUUUUAAUUACUGGCCCAAUUUUAUCAACCAGUUGACUAACACCAGAAGUAUCGAGUCGAUCAAAUCGUACUAAUUAUUCAAGAAGUUUUUCAAAACCAGAAUGUUCUGCAUUAAAGGAAUACUCCACCUAAAAAUGAUAUUUUUUUACGUUACUUUCCCUAUGUAGUUUUUAGCGAAUGACAAGAAAAAUUUUGGAGGACAGUCACAUCAAAGUUUCAGGACUCGAUGUUGACCAACGCUGGACAUAAUACCAAAAACCAUCAAUGAAAAAUUCUCUCGUCUUAACUUGUGUCGCAUAAUCCACAUGUCCAGUUAUCCAGCCAUAUGCUGACAACAUGCAAAAUGCAUGAAUUUUCUUUACUAAAAUAUUGUUCAAAAAAUAACUUCACACGGGAUUAGAGUUUUGAAUUGAAGAAAGGACUCUUGACUAGUGUGGAUUGGUGAAAUUUGCCAAUAUGGACGUUAAUGAUAAUGUUUGCUGUCGUCCAGCAUUGGUCACCAUUGAGUCUGGUACUAUGAAAAAUAUAGUUGUGUCCGUUCUCCGUGAAAACAUAAUUAAAAUUUUUUUCAGCCAUCAAUACAAACUAUAUGGGAUAUGUAACAGAUAAAAAAGAUAAUUUUUGGAUGGAAUUAAGCAAAAGAAGCCAUAGUGAAGCAAUCACAAGCAAAAAACAAAAACACAGAUGUAAGUGUUCCCGUUCAUAAAUAGUUAUGAAAAUCUACAAAUAUAAAAUAGUAAUGUCUGCCACGCAAUUACUCGUGAACUGAUUGGGCUAGAACCUUGAUCUUGUUUUUAAUCAAAAGCUUUAUGACCUGAUAUAUUCUGGAAAUUAAAAAAAAUGUAGGUAGCACAACCUGGUCCUGGUGGGUCGCCCACCCAUAGACAAUCCCCAGAACACGAUAUUUCUAUGUGUUCAGAAUUCAUAAUCAGGCGCCAGUUCUAAUGUUUGUAAAAAAAAAUGGGUGGAAAGCUUGCUGUUGUUUGUAGCUAAUGUGGCCGGAUAUUGGAAUGACAGCUGAGGAUGCAGCAAGGAAAUUUUGGGGAGCCAACUGGGUCAUCCCUUUGUUGUCCAGAGAUAGAAAAAAACAAACCAAAAAGCAAACAAAAUAACGCUUGUUGGCGUGCGUCUCUUCAACGGGAAUUUCACAGUAAGCGGGCGGUGCAGUCGAUCCAGGGAGUUGCUUUGGCCAGUAUUGAUUCCGCCUCCUUUCCGGGACGGCCAUGUUUUAUGGCAGCAGGACUGGAAGGGGUGGGGUUUAAUGUCUUUUUGGCACUGUAGGAAAAGAAGAAGAUGACGGCGUUAGCGGCAGCACCACCUCUCGUCUCGGUAGGGUUAUUACAGUAUAUACCUUGACUGAGCCUGCCAAGGAGGUCCUCCGAUGUGCAUGCAUGACACUAGUCAUUUUGUAGCAUUUUAUUUUAGGACCCUAGGUACACGUAUUUCAUUAGUAUUAAGCAACGCAUAUUAAUUACCCAUACUCGAUGAAAACCUGCUCACUUUUGUACAAAACCAAAAGCAUCCUAUAAAGUAGGAACUAGAAUGCCAACGUGGGUCUCAAAACCUGGCACACACUGUCAAGUUGAUUUUAAGCAAUGCGAUAAAAGAGUCAUUCGUUAUUACCGUCCGUCGAUCAAAUGUUCACAAACGAGGAAUAUCUCCAAUAAGCUCUCCAUUUUAACUAAAGAGAAUAGCAAAACGAAGAUGACACUCUCACGGUCUUAGACUUUCAGAGAGGGUAUCACGUACGACGGUGGCAGUCGCUCGUAAAAGUUGAUAUCAAAAGGUAGCUAAUUGUUAAUUCAAACACGACAUUUUGCUUGCAUAGGCACAAAAUUCAUCAACAUUGUCAAUGGGCAGAUUUCUAUACCAGUCAGCCAAAUCUGAAUCUAUAAGUUGAAAUAGCAAAAAGGCACCUUGAGGCUUUCUUUUCUAACUAAAUCCUAUUCACCAAAUGUAACAGAAUUACUCCUCGCGUGGGUUUUCUCGACCCCCAGGGAUGUGGAUUUGUGAGUAGAUCUGCAUGAGUUCAAGGGAAGAAGUGAAACAUUAACAUCAUUUUUAGAUUAUAAAGAAUGAAAAAGUUAGUCAACCAUGAUUUCAUAAAUUAACUAAAUGCGAAUGACCUGGACGAGGGUACAAGGACUUCAGAAAAUGAACUUCUUUCCGAAUGCAUUUCUGUUGUAAAUACAAGGGGCGGUGGUACCGAGGAGGAAUUCCGUUGCAGUUUUCUUUUCAGUUGCAAAGACAAGUCAGAUAGCAGGAUUACAUUUCCAUGCAUGGCUCGAGAAAACAAAUAAAAAUGAAAAUAAGUUUGCACUAAACUCCCUGAUCCCCAGCGCUGGGGAGGAAAUCUCGACUGAGAGACGAUCCAGUUAGGGAAAUGGGAGAAACCAGCCUGCCUCAUAAUGUAUGCAAAAGCUGGAUUUCUUUCUUUGUUUCUUUUGAUAAAUGUUUGUCAUUCGUUUUCUUAGGAUUUUACAUUUUGGUGCUGGUCUUUACUCAUUAAUUGAUAACCAGAUUCUUUUGUUUUUUUCGGCCAUGUUGUUUCCCGUAAAGUUAUUUCUUGAAAAUAUCAUUUGCCAAAGCAACAUCCAAAUUGAGGAAACUAGCAUGAAGGACACGGCAAUUAAGGUGACAAAUCUGACUUUGUGACUUGGUGGGGCCUUCUACAGUUUGAGUGAUUCUCCAGACUUUUACAGUUUGAGUGAUCUUCGGACUUCUACAGGUCAAGCAAUCUCCAGACUUCUACAGUUCGAGCUAUCAAACGAUCUCCAGACUUCUACAGGUCAAGUGAUCUCUGGACUUCUACAGGUCAAGUGAUCUCUGGACUUCUACAGGUUGAGUGAUCUCUGGACUUUUACAGGUUGAGUGAUCUCUGGACUUCUACAGUUCAAACGAUCUCCUUGUCUGAUAUUAAGCAGCUUUAUCAGAAGUCUUACAAGCAUGUAACAUGAAAAAAGAACAAGACAACAUGUUCUCAGGUGAAUAACGAAAAGAUUUGGCAGAUGUUGGAAUUGGCCAACAAGUGGAAGUUUGGAGGCAUCGUAAUAUGUGGUGAAUGAACCGCCGUGAACAGCAACAGUAAAGAGUCCCAAAUGCAAUGACUAUUUGCUGUCAGCAUUAUGUCUGGCUAGAAUACAGCGGCGACAUUCCAAAUGUAGUCCCGUCUUUAUCCUCACAAGCUUGGGUGGAGAACGCAAAAGAAACAGUAGGCCCUUCAGCCUGUUGAAGGUUUAAUAGGACUGAGACGUCAAUAACCCCCUCCAUAACCAACCAAGAAUGCAGAAUCUUCUAAAUCAGCAGGUAACAAUGUAAGAAUUGUGAAGAUAAAGCAAAACAAAGGAACGGCAAUUCUAGCAAAGGCGGUUUGAAUUUUAUUUACACUGAAGACAAAUCUCACCCUGACCUUGCUUUAUCGCCAAUGGUUGGGCUGACCAUGUGACAUGAUGGCUAUGAUUCGUGACUCUUUUUUAAGUAUGGUACUUUUUUUUUUCUAUUCAAAUUUGCAACCCUAGUGCAGGAUAGAAGUACAUUUUAAAAUACUGGCCUUCUUGAUCCGUUUCUCAUUGACCAUUACGAUGCUGUAUCGCUUGAACACCAUACAUUUGUACUUGAAUUAACUCUUAAUAUGCAAUAGUCACAGACAGACAAACACACACAGACACA